AUCGUUUAGCUUGAGAGACAUAACGCGUUAAACCAUCGGUGUUAAACACGUUCGCGGCGUUUAGUUUUAUACCGUCUGGAGUCUGCAUUGUGUCAGGGUCACCAUGCCAGAGGACGAUGGUUUGAUGCCGGUUUUGAGUUCUCAGCAGAUCCACAACGAUGAGCUUAUUCUUCCGGAUGGAGUCUGCUGGAUCUCUGUACUGUCCUGUUUACUGCUCGCGUGCUCUUAUGUCGGAAGUUUAUACGUGUGGAAAAGUGACUUACCGAGGGACCAUCCAUCAGUGAUAAAGAGGCGUUUCACUAGUGUGCUGAUUGUGUCAGCUUUAUCUCCACUCUUUGUAUGGGGAUGGAAAGAGUUCACAGGCAUUCAGCCUACUCCAUCCUUAUUAGCUCUCAUGGGAAUCCGAUUUGAUGGCUUCAUUCCUGCUGUCAUUCUUCCCCUCAUACUGACCAUGGUACUGUUUCUGGGUCCUCUGAUCCAGCUGGCCAUGGACUGCCCUUGGGGCUUUAUUGAUGGAAUCAAAGUUGCUGUUGAUCCUUGCUUCUGGGCGUUAUGUCUGAGUGACAUGCGCUGGCUACGGAAUCAGGUUGUGGCACCGCUAACAGAGGAGUUGGUGUUCCGUGCGUGUAUGCUACCCAUGCUGGUGCCCUGUGCUGGACCCUCCACCGCCAUCUUCACAUGCCCACUUUUCUUUGGUGUAGCACAUUUUCACCAUGUUAUUGAGCUCCUGCGCUUCAGACAAGGGACCAUCUCAGGAAUUUUUCUUUCUGCAGUGUUCCAGUUCUCAUAUACAGCAGUAUUUGGAGCUUACACUGCGUUCAUUUUUCUCAGAACAGGUCACUUGGUAGGCCCUGUGCUGUGUCACUCAUUCUGUAACUACAUGGGUUUUCCUGCGUUGAGUUCAGCAAUGGAACAUCCACAUCGCCUUACUGUUUUGUCCUUCUAUGUGCUGGGAGUGUUACUCUUCCUGCUGUUCCUCUUUCCUAUGACUGACCCAGUGUUCUAUGGCUGGCCCACACCCGUCUGCACUCUUGCCUCCUCACUUGGUUCCCUCUGCUCUUAAUUUUACACAUUCCACAUUGUCCAGCUCUUCUUAAGGACUCAUGCUCUUUCGUACCCAAGAGGUCACCUGUGUCACCAGGUUGUGCGUUGUAAUGAGGAUUACAAGGGCCCCAUGGAAAAGGUAUGAACUCUCCCACAAUGUAUCUGUGGGCAGUUUGCACAAAGUUUGUGUACUCACUAGUUCACCAGAAUUGCUCUUCGUGCAUGGAUCACACAAGUCAAUAAGUCAGACUCUGGAAGAGUUUAGCGAAGACGGGUAUUUAUACAUUGCUGCAUGUUCAUCAUGUUUUUAAUAUAUGAUAAUAUAUUUUGAUUUGGGUCUAUUUGGAAAUAAUGUUUUUAUUAUUUUAUUGUUCCACUAAGAAGGGUUAUACACUGUAUGUUGCAUCACCACAAGAGGAUGUAAGACUUCUUUUUAUUAUUGAAUUCACUUUGCUCAAAUUAACAUAAGCUGCUUGGUCUGGUGCUAGUACUUGAAGAACAGUGUUUAGAUCUGCCCUGAAGCCUUUAGUUUAAUACCCCUUAUAGCAGGACUUGGCUCUUUAACAUUUGCAUUUCAUGGCUCACCCAAAUAUCACUUCACAAAAGUUAAAUCUAGGAUUGUAAUUUCAAAAAUGAUUAAGUCUUAAUUCUCUUUCAUAGUUAGGAAUAGGUUUAUGGAUAGACAUGCACGUAAUUGACCUCAUGCCGGACAGCUUUUGCCAUUUUAAUUAUAGUUCGAUGCACAAUAGAAAGCUGUUUAUAGAUUUAAAUCUACAUGAUCUGUUUUUGUUACUUUAAACAGAUAUUUGUAGAAUGUACCAGCUUUCUGAACAAUGGCAUGUCAUCUGUAUGUGGAGAAUUUUAAUAGCAUAUGUGAAGUCAAUUGUUACAUAUGUAACUGUGCUUUUAUGAAGUCUGGUCAACCUUUAGGGGUGGUAGGAAACACCUGGAAGCCUCCUUGUUCGCCUUAGUACUCAUGCUAUUCCCUUCUGAGCAAUGUCCCAUUUUGAGAACCACAACCAUGAGUUGACUUGGAAUCAGCAGUGAUCUACCUGAACCUUAUCACACCAUUGCCAGAUCUUGGCUCUCACUUUUUUUUUUUUUGAUGCAUGAGUGGACUUUCCUUUGGAGAUUUUAUGCAAGACCAAGAGAGCUUCUCAACCCUUUGCCACCGUGAUGGUUCAUACUGCUGACCAUCACAAUUAUCUGAAUGGACCAACAUAUGGAAUUGACCCAGAGCCAGAUGUGGGCUGUAAUUCCAGCUUGUUGAUGUGUUUGAUGAUGUUGCAACAGGAGGCCACAUGCUCCCUGUUAUAAUGCAGCAUCACACUGCUAGCAGGCUGUGGAAAACAUUGCUCCACUGGUGCACCAUCUCAUGGGGACAGUUUCUGUUAAAAUUACCCUGUGACACUAGCAAUCGAAUGCUUGAAUAUCUAUCUCUGAGACAGGGAAGAUUGUCCAUGGUACAUGGAUCUAGCUGUUGGCCUAUAACCUACUUCUGAAAUAUCUGUUACUCCACAAAGCCUAGAGAGAAAUCUCUCGCAGUAAGCAUGCAAAAAUGGCAUUUAUUAACUGAAAAUGCCAUUUAAAUCCUAGUGACAUAAGCUUUAGGAUACACUAGUUUGAUGUUUGUUGGUGUCCAAUAAUAAAGAAUUCCAUUGUUAGCCCUAUUUUACUGUUGUGCUUCACAAAUCUCUUUGGUUAGGAUGCAUUAGAUAGAUGAGGAGCACUUGGAUCCCUUGGAUACAAAAGGCCCUGGAUAGAAGUGCACAGGUUUAGAAAUCUUGAAUUAUUACGGCUAUAUGGAAUAUUUGUCUGGCAUGCACAAGGAGGUGUUUCACACCACCCCUAGAGGAUAGAAGGAGUAAUAUGAGACCACUUUCUGCACAACUAGAUUGAGUGCUUUUACAAGUUGUACCUAAGGAAAGAAAUUAUUGCUGUGACACUCAACAACCUUUAAUAUUGAGUUUAUACUUGGUUUUGAAGAUCAAGCCAUCGAAAUGACAAUAAUGACAAGGAGUUUUUCAUUAUGGUCAAACUUCUAAAUAUUGUUUUAUUAUAUUAUGCAUGAUUGAUUUCUAUAAACAGUUUUACAAUGACCACUACUCUGUAUGCUGCUACACUGCUGGCCUGGGGAUUUUUGUCAUUGUACUCAAACUGGCACACACAAUUUGAUAUCGGCAUGAAAUUGAUCUGAUGUAGAAACUGAAUAACUUGUCAUAUAUGGUUUGUAGCUCAGCAUGGAUAGAAACAGACUUGCAACGCGCAUUUGUUCAGAUCUUAUGGGUAAUGUUGGUAUUUUGCCCUCUACAUGUUAAAUCUCACUAGGUUUUAGAUUUUCUUUUUUUUUUCACAAAAUAUUGUUAAUUGUUACUUUUGGAAAUAACUGAAUCAUUGUAUAGACUUGCUCAUACUUAUUCCUUUAAUAGAAACUCUUCAAAUAGGUGCUAUCAUCAUAUUAGGCUAUUAUUAUGCUGUGAAGUGUGAAGUUAUUACUGUUGUGUAUGUCAAACGAUUCAAAUGAAACUUCUAGCAAUAAUAAUAGAUGUGACCAAAUCAGGGAUUUACAUGUAAUACAGCUACAUAUUUAGCCUUUAUUAGCUCCUGCUGGAUCAUUUUCAAGAAAUGUGCCAUAGCGAUUUUGAUUAAAAUCGUUAAAUGCUUGGCAUAACAAGUUAAGUUUGAUAUAUGUAUCAUCAAUAACUGACAUGUUUACAGAGAAACAGAUUGCUUGCAAAUGCAGCUCUGCAGUUUGCUGCCUAAUUGCUAUUCUGAUUGUAUCAGGUCAAAUGCUGCUUUUUGCUGUAUAGGUCUCAGUCAGAGGUUUAUCACAUACUGCUUAUGUGAUAUUAAAAUGAAAUUAAAGAGCAGAGAGCUAUAAUUUAUGCUCAUGUUACUUCCUAGAGUAAAGUCCUAGAAGUUAGAUAAGGUUUUUUUUUUUUCCCAUGAUUUUUUAAAAUAUUUUAUUUUUACCCUGUCGUUAAUCUACAUUAUUAUUAUUAUUAUUAUUAUUAUUAUUAUUAUUAUUAUUAUUAUUUUUAAAUUACAACCUAAAAUAUACAGAAACUUCUGUUAGUAGAACAGUAACACAUUUAUAGGAACUUAUGUUUUGUCUGCUCACUCCUAGUGAAAACGGGGGGAAGUGACGAUUUCCUGUAGAACUGAAUCAUUUUGUUCUGAAGUACUUUUGUCUAAGCUCAGCGUGUAUGAGGCAUGUUCUUUUGUGGCAUGAUCUUAAGCUCUCUUUAAUGUUGGAAAACCGACUGUUCUUUAACCGAUGUAGCUUUUUGGGAUGGGAUGUUUCUGAACUUCUGUCAAAAGCAGUUGCGUAGUCUUAUAUUGAUUUGAAAACUUUGAAAAGUAUGUUCUUUCCUUUCAUUAACGAACGUCCACUGCUCAUUCACUCUCUAGAUGUUUUUUUUUUUCCCUUUGCUUUGGCUGUCAGCUUUUAAAAAGUGAUUUGUGAGCCAGACAUUUACUUCUGAAGAUCUGAAUCUUCACUUGAGCAGAGACGCUUUUAAUAUACACUCAUGAACAGGAGGAGCAAUAGACAUUAGAAUUUAUUUUUUCAAAUACACACCGCUGUAUUUCAGUAGGAUAACAUUAAGCAGUGUUUGCAUUGAGGAACACUGCUGUACAAAUGUGCUGUUUUAUAACAAGACUUUUAAUUACCAAGAGUUCAUAUGUUUAUACUGAGGACUAUAGUUUUUUUAUUCAAAUGUAUUUUGGUGUCACAUGGAGGGUUAAUGUACAUGCAGGAUGUUUUUAAACUAAGGCCAUGUGCAAUGCAGUUGACACACUGAAGGACAAAUAUUUUUUGACAAUCUUUUCUGGGGGGUGUUUUUUAAAUCACUCAUCAAUAAACUGUUGUUUGAAAAUAAACUUAAAAUGGUUAAACACUC